UCAGAACAUUUGAGAUUGACUCAGUGUGACUCUGAAUGACUGUAUAUCUGUUUUUGUGUGUGUUUAGUCCACAGUAUGAAAUGGUCUUGUGGAGGCAACGGUUCUGUCGAGCUCUCAGUAGAGCAGAUGGUGCAACAGAUCCUAGAAACCCAACAGACCAAACCACAACCACGAACACACACCUGCCUCUGCGCAUCUCCCGGAUCCAACAUUCCUCACCGCUGCAACAGCACCAAACAUCGCAUCAUCUCGCCCAAACUGCCCACCCCUUACCCCGCCCUCACCGAGCUGCAGAAUCUGGCCAAUGAGGGCUCAGGAGCGGAGGUCGGGCGGGAGGCGGGACCUGGCGAUGCUUUAGUCGCUGUUGUGCCUUCAGAGAGGAAGCAGCCGUCCGGUACACCAGAAGACAGUGGGCGGGUUGAAGACAUGGGGGGCGUGGCUUCACCGUGCUCCGCCUCUUCCUCGUCCUCUUCGAGUCCGCCCCAAACGCAGCGGGCGGCGACAAUCGCUCUUAGCAAUGGAAACGGAUUCUAUGGUGACCAGCGGGGCGGACUGGCAACGGUGGCGCUGCCGCAGAAUGCGCUCAUCGUCAUGACGACAGCGGCGCCGGUGGCGCGUGGCUGUGGGGAGGAGCCGAAUGGCGAGCUAGGCUCCACCAGACUGUCGCUCACUCGCGCCGGCGGGCGGCUCGUUCUAUCUCCUGUGCCGCCUAAACAGGACACGCCCUCCCCACCAAGCGCCGCCUCCCCACCAAGCCCUGCCCCACCCAAUCAGGGCGUGGCCACCCUGUCACUUACUCUGCUGCCCAGCCCUGUGAUUGGAGGACUGCUGCUGACCGACCGCAUUGUCCCAGAUGCUCCCGGGACGCUCCUGCAUCCAAACCCGACGUCCCCGUCACCUUCGCUGCUCCCGUUCGAUCCCGACUCUUUCCUCAACAGCCCCAAACAGGGGCAGACCUACGGAGGCCCCGCCCUCACGCCCCACUCUAUCUCCGCCUCCUCUUCCCCGUCUCCGCCUCCUUCUGCAUCUCCUCAGCCACCUUCUCUCGCUCUGUCUCUUUCUCCCACUUCUCCGCCAUCGUCUCUAUCCUCCCUCUCUUCUGAGACAGAGAGGAAGAGUAUUCCGGGUCGCCCCUCGUCCAGUCCUGCCUCGCUAUCUCUAUCGCUUUCUCCGACGCAAACAACUCCCGCUCUGCUCCCGCUGUGUCUGGAGUCGUCUUUAGGACUCGAUUCGUUGAAUUCCCCGCUGUCUGUCCCGCCCGAUGACAGAGCUCCUCCCAUUGGAUUCGAUGCUCAAGCCCCGCCCGGUCAUGUUCUGACCAAUCAGCUCUCUCCUGCCUCCAACUCGACGACCCAAAUAACACCCUCUCUCGAAGUGCUGCCUACCAAUCAGCUGCCUCCAGAGGGAGGAAAGGCGGAGUCACAGCACCCCUGUCUCUUGGAAACGCACCCCAUGUGCAUUCAACCGUCAAAUCUGUCUCCGCCCCAGGCCACGCCCCCUAGCAUGAGUCCUGUGCAAGUGAAGGAGGAGCAGUCUCCGCCCACUCAUGCACAAUUCGAAUCUGAAGUCACACCCAUGGACACCACCCACUGUGGCCAUAUAGAUGGUGAGGAGGCGGGGCUCACGUUUGACUCCGCCUUUCCUGACCUCAUAUCUGAGCUGAUCACAGAGGAGCCCGUCAACCACGCGCCCACCCCGGUUCUGCCUGUUUACCCCAUCCGGUACAUGGUUCCGCCUCAGCCGACACCGUCAGCCUCGUUCCUGCCCUUCCCGCUUCUUACAAACUCGCUCAUGUCCGGCGGCUCUCUAGAAGAAACCCAGCGGCUGGCCAACAUCACGGACUUCUCACCUGAGUGGUCGUACCCGGAGGGUGGAGUGAAGGUGCUGAUCACAGGCCCGUGGUCAGAGACGGACGGCAGAUACUCGUGUGUGUUUGACCAGAGCAGAGUUCCUGCUUCCCUCAUUCAGCCAGGUGUCCUGCGCUGUUACUGUCCUGCUCAUGAAGCUGGACUCGUCGCUCUGUACGUGUUGAAGGACUCCAGCGCCGUCUCCUCCUCUGUGCUGUUUGAGUAUCGCGCUCGCAACGCCUCGUCCCUACCAAGCUCACAGCUGGACUGGUUAUCACUGGAUGAUAACCAGUUCAGGAUGUCGAUUCUGGAACGUCUGGAGCAGAUGGAGCGGCGAAUGGCAGAAAUGUCAAAUAACAAUCAACAGAAUCAACACAUGAAUCACUAUCAUCAGCAGCUGUCCAGAAACCAGAGCUCCGCUCCGCGCUUGACUCCUGAAAACCAGUCGGGGCUGUGGUUCGAGCGCAGGAUCGUGGCCGUGUGUGAGCGGAUGAUGGCCGGCGGUCGCUGGGAUCGAGGCGGUGAGACGGACAGACUCACACACUCCGUCAGACACAGAGGGAUGACGCUGCUGCACCUCGCCGCCGCUCAGGGAUACACACAGCUCAUACACACACUCAUACGCUGGAGGAGUAUCAGUGUGAAUAGUUUGGACCUGGAACAGGAAGUGGAUCCACUGAAUGUUGAUCAUUUCUCCUGCACACCUCUGAUGUGGGCGUGUGCUCUGGGUCAUCAGGCCGCAGCCGUGUUGUUGUACCGCUGGAGCAGCGCGGCUCUGGGAAUUCCGGACUCUCUGGGUCGUCUGCCUCUGGCCGUGGCACAUUCACGCGGACACACUCGUCUAGCGCGCUGUCUGGAGGAGUUACACACACACUCUCAGACGCAAGAACACACACCGGACAUGGCCUCACCUCCGUACAGACCUCUGUCUCCACUGUCCAGCAGCCCCGACACGGGUUUGAGCUCGUCCAGCAGUGUCCCCUCCCCCAGUGACCCGCCCUCUCCCUCCCCAAGCUCCGCCUACUCAAGUGGCUCAGUUCCUGACCCCAUGGACUCCGCCUCCUCCCCCUCCUCUCCGUUCUCAGUCCCGCCCCCGGCCGGUUCCACCGAUUCGCUCUUCCUGAUGGACUGUGAGGCCGCGAGUCCCUCCCCACCGACCGCCCAACACACAGACGCGCUGACGCUUCACUCGGAGCUCGCUGAUGAGCUGCUUAACUACAGCGAGAACGCCGAGAACGAGGAUUACCUGUCUGACGAGGUGCUACAGGUUGACAUGGCAACGCUGGCCGAGCAGAUCAUCGAGGCCACACCUGAGCGAAUCAAACAGGAUGAAUUUAACCGGGAGGCGGAGUCACCGCUCAGAGAGAGGCGGGACAAUCCUGCCAUUCAUGACACCAUGCCGUGGCUCGCCACUUACCUCGACACCGUCGACAGGAGUCUGUGUCCCACCCCUCCCUCGCUCCUCAGUGAUUUGGCGCUGCAGAGGCUCCGCCCCCCAAGCAGUGCAGCAUGGGCGGAGUUUCUGAAUGCCUCAGCCAAUGGAAGGAUGGAGAGAGAUUUCGCCCUGUUGACGCUGACAGACACAGAGCAGAGAGAGCUGUACGAGGCUGCACGCGUCAUCCAGAACGCCUUCCGCAGAUACAAGGGGCGGAGGCUAAAGGAGCAGCAGGACAUGGCCGCAGCCGUAAUACAGCGCUGUUACCGCAAAUACAAACAGCUAACAUGGAUAGCACUGAAGUACGCCUUAUAUAAGAAGAUGACGCAGGCGGCCAUACUGAUUCAGAGCAAGUUCCGCAGUUAUUACGAGCAGAAGAAAUUCCAGCAGUCGCGGCGGGCUGCCGUCCUCAUCCAGCAGUACUACCGCAGCUAUAAGGAGUAUGAGCGUGUCAAGCAGGGGCCGCGCGGGCCCGGGGCCCUUAACACCAAGAUCAAAGGUUCGUUCCUGACCAAGAAACAGGAUCAGGCCGCGCGGAAGAUCAUGCGCUUCCUCAGACGCUGCAGACACAGGAUUAAGGAGCUGAAACAGAGUAAAGAGCUGGAGCACAAAGGACUGACCACCUGACCACACACACACACACACACACUCGUUCUCCGUGUUUACAGUCGUCUGCUCAUUGCUUGCAUCCCACACUUGGGAUUUCACUGAUCUUGCACGCACACACACACACACACACACACACACACGCACACACAGGUUUCUCUUUGGCUUCUUUUUUCCAGUCGUUGCUGCAACACUACCGUUGACGUUCAGCUUUCCUGAAUGUUUGGAAUGUUUUUCUGUAUUAAUGGAUCUCUAUAUAAAUGUAAACAGCAUCUACUCUCAUAUAUACUGUAUGAUCAGAAACACACAGCUAAUUGUGUUGGAAAUGUAAGUUAUUUAUUGAUCUCUUGGAGAUAUAUUUUAUAAAUGACAGAACGAGUGCCGUGGCCGUAUCCAAAGUCUUAAAUCGUAGUUGCCAUGGUAACACACGGCGGAAAUGUAACGUUGCCUAGUGACGAACACACGAUCGUGAAUCUAGUCCAACGGUUUGUUGAAUAUUAUGACUGUUUAUGAUCAUUAAAUAUUACAAAUAUUAUUUCAGUUGAGCAUAUAAAUGAAAUGUUGAGCUCUUUCAGCAGCAUCUGCCACAGAAAAUCAUCUGAAUUCGUCUCUCAGUUUGUAAAAACAAGUCUUUUUUUUUUUUAUUUUAAAGUUCACAUGAAUCCAGUGUGAUAGAAAUCUCUUCCUGAACUUGUGUGUGUUUGUGUAAAUCCACUCAAAUUCUGGACGUGCAGUUUAUCUGUGUAAAUGCUGAUGAAGCUCACUUUCUUGAUGGUUUCAGAGAAACAAACACGUUAUCAAACCCCAUUUCUGAAACUUCAGAUUCCAAAUGUAUGGAAACCUGCAGAAGUCCUGAAACACAACCUGAACAAAAAUGCAAAAUGUGUCCUACAUCCUUCCUGAGAUCUAGGAUUUCUUUCUUCACCUUUUCUAUAUUACAUUCUUUGUCUCCCCAAAAAACUUUCAAAAAAUUUUUCUACCCGAAAAAUUGUUUUUCUCUCGAGAAAUUCUCUCAAUUUUUUGUCUUUCUAAAAAUGUUUUUCUUUCUUCAAAAAUUUCUCUCUCCAAUUUUUCUCUUCAAAAUUUUUUUUCUCUCUCCAAAAAUCUAUUUUUUUUUCUUGAAAAAAUGUUUUUAUCUCUCCAAAAAUUCUUUACAUUUUUUUUCUCUCUCCAAAAAAAUCUUUCUAAUUUUUUCUUUUCAAAGUUUUUUUUCUCCAAAAAUUUCUCUCUCCAAAAAAUUCUCUCUCAAAUUUUUUUCUCUUCAAUUUUUUUUUUCUCCAAAAAUGUAUCUCUCCAAUUUUUUUCUUUCUUCAAAAAAUGUUUUCUCUUCAAUAUUUUUUUUCUUUUUUCAAAUAUUUCUCUAUUUUUUUUCUCACCAAAAAUUUCUCUCUCAAAUUUUUCUCUUCAAAUAAUAUUUUCCGGUCUCCAAAAAUAUCUCUCUCCCAAUUUUUCUCUGUCCAAACAUUUUUCUCUCAAUUUUUUUUUCUCUCUCCUAAAAACGUUUUUCCUCUUCAAAUAUUUUCUUCAGCUCAUGAACAAACUUUUCUCUCUUCAUAAUUUUUCUUUCUUCCACCUCUUCAAAAAUAUUUUUUCUCUUUCUCUCAUGAAUUUUUUUUUCUUCUAAAAUUUUUUGAUCUUCAAAAAAGACCGAGGGGAAAAAAAUAGGUUUUUGAAGAGAGAAAAAAAUGAAGAAAGUUAAAGUGAAAAAUUGAGGAAAGAUUAAAAAAAAAAUGUAAGAGAUUCAAGAGGUUUUUAUGAGAAAAAAAGUGGGAGAGUCCUUCAGCUCAGAAAGGAUGCAAGAUUUUAAAUCACCUUGAAUUUUUGUUUUUCAAGUUGUGGUUCAGGGUUUGUGUUGGGAGCUUGUUUAUGCCACAGAAAAAAAGAUAACAAAUUGUGACUUUUUCUCACAAUUCUGACUUUUUCUGACAAUUGCAAUUUUGUGUCACAGUAUAUAUAUAAAAAAAAUAAAAUAUUGAAUACAAAUAAGUCUGAAUUGUGGUUAAAAAGAAAAGAACAAUUACUAUAUUUUUAUUCUGUGGCGUAAAUAAUCUUCCGUAAUUCUGUGAUCCCAGAGCCGCGUGCGAUACGCGUCACUAGGCAUCAUUAAACAGGAGGAGGAUUUUGAUGAGUCUGUUUUAUGGAUAUUUUUGAAUGUGCCUUGAGGUGUUUUUAACUAAAUGAACUGCAGCAGUCCUGCGUCGCCGAAGAACUCUCGGUUCUCGUCUCGAUUCAGACCUUUAUGCAUUAGUCUGUAAAUACUGUACAAUAUAAAGAGCUGGUGAAAAUAUAUUUAAGAAUGAAGACAUUUGCUUCUGCCUGAUGAAAUGUUUAAUUUAUUCUGUGUACGGAUUGCCGAUAUGCACGCUUAUAUUUACACAUGAGAUUUCUCAGCAUGUUUUUGCUUGCUGGUGUUUAUCGUUUGCAUGAGUUUCUGUUUGUUUUUGUUCAUAUUUCCACUCACAGGCCUUUAGUACUGCUGACGCUGAUGUGACUUUAUUUAUGAAUAUAGAUUUAUGGACAUGUUUGAAUUGAUUUCUACUGUACAUUCAUUCUGACAUUUUGCAGAUAUUUGUUCAGGCUGUUUUACUGUUUCAUAACGUUUCAUUAAAAUUCUUCAAAUUCA